CCACAACCACCGGCCUACCAGCCUAUUCGGCUAUUCCCCACCCUCUUCCUCUUAUAAAUCAAUCAACCAUCCAUUCGACCCAAAAUAUAGCGAUCGUCACCGAGUCAAGGGCCAGGUGCAGGCGGGAGCUCUCCUUCAACGUCUCCUAGCGGCAGCAGAAACCAACGGCGGUGAUCCGUCGGAGAAGCCCCCGAUCCCAAUCUCACGUCCAUCGAUCCAUCCCCUCCCCCUUCCGAUCCCUCUCUUCGCCGUCCCUUUCUCUCCUCCCAUCUUAGCCCUUCGAGGGUCCCAUGGCGGAGUCCGGCGCCCCGGGGACGCCAGAGAGCGGGCAUUCCGGCGACCACGGCGGGCCGCCGGGAGGAGGAGGUGGCGGCAGCUCGAGGGAGCAGGAUCGGUUCCUCCCGAUCGCCAACAUCGGGAGGAUCAUGAGGAAGGCGAUACCGGAGAACGGCAAGAUCGCCAAGGACGCCAAGGAGUCCGUCCAGGAGUGCGUCUCCGAGUUCAUCAGCUUCAUCACCAGCGAGGCGAGUGAUAAGUGCCAGAGGGAGAAGAGGAAGACGAUCAAUGGAGAUGAUCUGCUGUGGGCGAUGGGGACGCUGGGUUUUGAGGAUUACGUGGAGCCACUCAAGCUCUAUCUGCAGCUCUAUAGGGAGAUGGAGGGGGACAGCAGGGGUUCACGUUCUGCAGAUCUAUCUGGAAAGAAAAAUGGUGCAGUUGAUGGGGAUCCUGGGGCUUCGAAUAAAUCUUGGACAAAUGAGGAAAACUUAUCCAAAUAAGUAUGGAGCGUAUUUCUGUGCAUGCAUGCUUUUAGCCGGAAUCUUAUUGAAAAUGGGAGCAUAUGAAUUGAUUUGGAUCAAUAUGAAAUUUCUGCCCAUGCUUAUUCUAUAUAUUCUCCCUAGUUUGUAACGUAAGACUAUUUCGUGGAAUAAUGUUUUUCCUAUUUGGUUGGAUGGACAAAUGAGGAAAAGUUAUCCAGAUAAGUAUGGAGUAUAUUUCAGUACAUGCAUGCUUCUAGCUAGAAUCUUAUUGAAAAUGGGAGCAUAUGGAUUGUGAUUCGGAUCAAUAUGGAAUUUUUAUCCCAUGCUCAUUCUAUAUUUCUCCUUGAUUUGUAAUAUAAGAGUAUUCUGUGGAAUAAGGUUUUUGUGUCUUUGUUUGGAUGGAUAAGUUUGGAGGUUAUUAUGAUAUUGUUUGGUUGAAGGAAGAAUUUGAGGGGAUAAUUAGUGUUUUUUUUUUUUUGCUCGGAAAAACUGUCCUUCCACCAUUUGUGAAAAAUGGCCAAGUAUAACAAGGUAAGAUUGAAUGUGAGUGCAACAUCCACUAACCAUGCCCCCUCCCUCUUGCCUCAUGCAUUUGUAGAAUAUAGUUUGGUUAUAAUUGCCCAUAUGUUGUUUAUGUAGAAAUGGCCGUAUAGAUGUAUACGGGUAUGCAGUGGUAUUGCAACGCCUACCAUACACACUCCAAUUUGUCCACUGCAUGAUGCUCGAUCUCAAGGAUAGUUUUUUUGUUUCGGACAAAGGUGGCCUACACUUUCUAUGCCAAAAACGGCUACGUAGGAGUAUUGCCUUGGGAAGAUAUAGCCAUUCUUGCAUACACCUCCUAGCCACCCCCUUCCUCUUGUCUGGCCACAUAUGACCAUGUAGUUGCCCGGCUUUGAUAAUAUUUCCAUCAGCUCUCACUUGUAUAAAAACGACUAUUUAAGCAUUGGAUUCUCUCUAGCUAGGAUGAGGCAUUGUUGAUAACAGCAUGCCAAAAUUUUAGCGAGCACAUAUAGACAUAUGUAUACUAUCAAAGUAUGAUUAACUAACCUGGCAAAGUAUCAUUUAACCAAAACUAUGAUCAUGUGAAAAAAUUGACGUAUCACGUAUAAGAGUGAGUGUAAAGGAAGCACCUAUGCAGUAUAGACCAUCCACCUUAGGUACCAUGAUUGGAACCGUGCAAACAAAGUAUAUGGUAUAUGCCUCGUGGGCUACACCUGCAACUCAACUCAACAUUUCUAAUAAAGUAGUAUAAAUAGCUAGGUCAUCAUGCAAGAAGUGGGAAGAUAAGAAGAACUACGCCAAGUAGGAGGACAUGGACCAUCAUAUGUAAAAUGCGGUGUGUAACAGGAGGACAUGUGGCAUGUCAUGACAAGGGCAGGAGGUGAACUACUACAAAGUGGCUUUGCUAAAGGUGUGAUAAGCAUGGCGGCUUCCUUGAGUGUUUGAAUUUCUUGCGUAGGGCAUAUAAAUAGCCACUGACCUGCCGUUGACACUUGUACCACAUCUUUUAUAUCCCUAGAACAUGGCCGAUGAGCACUACAUAGUGCCUUUUGUCCCAUCUAGAGGGGGUUGGUUGGUUGCUUGUCAUGAACAAUCCUAGUAAUAUUGUAACAAAGGAGACAUGCAUGAUGAAAGCGAAAAACAAAGAGCAAUAUGGGCAUGAUGCCAAAUUGAACAUCAUAUUGCUUGACCACUUGGCCCCUCCCACCUCUCUAGGCACUCACUCUUAUAUAGCCACCCCUCUUGUGUGCUUGUAUGUGCCCACUGAGAUGUCGUGGUCCUCAAGAUCAUCAACAUCUUUGUCCGGGAGUGGUGGGUCAAAUAGGGAUGUGAACGGGGCGGAUUCAGUGUAGUUAGUGAAAAAACUGAAAUCAAACCCGAAAUGCAUCACUGCUUCCUAAAAUUGAAACUGAAAAAUCAAAAAUUGUUUAACUUUUUUAAUUUAAUUUAACAUUUUUAUAUAUAGAUAUCUAAAUUAAAGAUAUCAUCUAUAAUUUUCAUAUUAUUCAUAUCAACUCAAUAUGUCCAAAAAUAAUAACACAACCAUCCAGCAAACUCAAUAAUUCUAAAAUAAUAACACAACUCUCUAAGAGACUCAAUAAUUCUAAAAUAAUAAUGCAAUCGUCCAACAAACACACAAAUCCAAGUUAAAAACAAAUCCAACUACAUUAAAGAAAACAAGUCCAACAAACACAAUAAUUGCGAAGAAGAACCGAAGGGAGGAAAAAAUCCGCUUCUCUAGCCUUUAGGGUUUGUCCAUUUAGUUAUUUACCCAUUCAUGGUCUAUGGACGGUCCAUAUUACAUGGGAUGGAGGGCUAGGAUCUAUACCAAAUAUAAAGGGUACUAAGAGCUAUCGGGUACUAUAAUGGAUUUGUUAUUGGGCUUUGGUUUUGGAUCGGGUUUAGAUCGGGGAAUUCACGAAAACCAUCACCAAUAUCACCUCCUUUUGAUUUCGAUUAAAACUGUCCCAUCCGGCUCAAGGAUGGGUAAAAUAUUCGGGUAUCUGUCCCUACUGACAUCCCCUCAUUUUGAAGUACCUAUCGUUGUGUUGGUGGCGAUGAAUGAAAUUAUGCAUGGGACAACAAGCUAUAACAAUAUCACAUUACAUCCUUAACUUGUAGGGUGCGGUCAUCUUGAAUAUCUUGAAUUGGUGCUUAAGACUUCUCUAGGACAUUCUAUAGUUGUGCAUGUCGGUGGUUGAAGAAAUUCAUAGAGAACCUAUGUUGAUCGGUUCCCAACUCCAGGGUACUCAUUGAUGUGAUACGUAACAUUGCGACAAGGAGCUAGGAACUUGUCCAUGUCUGCAUACCCUGCAUUAACCAAGUAAACUUUCCCAGCAUGUACAAUACAAUAAAACUUGUUUAAGACAUGCUUCACGUAUGUUUCAAGUGCAAGUCUUACUCAUUAAGCUAUGGCUUAACUAAUCUUCAAGUACUACAAAUCCUUGAUCUGUCAAGGCCCAUCAUGAGACCCUCAUAAUAGUAGCACAUUCCUUGCAACCCAUGGCAACAUGGAAAGAAUGUGUAAUCUAACACGCUGGAUGCUAUGAUGUUUUGUGAGGUCCACCCUUUUCUGUUAAGAUACCAUGGUCAGUGGUCAGGAUGUGGUUACAAUUGGUGCAUCCUAUGCAAUUCUGCAUGGAGGGAAUGUACAACAUUUUAAUAUUGUGAAUCAAAGCUGUUCUCAUCAUUUUUUGGCACAUAAUUUACAAGGCAGGGUAGAAGUUUGGGUUGUCAUGGAUGCGAGUGUGCAAAGGCACAUUGCCGUCUGCAGAACUAUAUACUUGUACUCGAGAUGCUUUAUAGCCUUUAGCGCAUGGCGAAGUGAUAAUUGAUUGUCUCUCCAGAGUGCUAGAAGGUCUCUACGAGAGCACCGGAUUUGCGAACCAGUGGCCUAUGCUGAAAGGAAGAUGGCUAGCUGCUCCUAUGCGGUGAUGUGCUUCAUAUCCACUAUCCAAACUCUGGCCACAAGUGUCACAUAGAAUAUAAUUGUGGUCAUCCUAAAAUAGUUUUACCUACAAUGUGGAUGACCGCUAAGGAUGUCCUGUAUGAGCAUGUCCCGUGAACAGCCUCGUUCGACAUGGUAACCUCUCAAAAUGUGCUGGGGUGACAGACAUAAGAAAAUAACAAUUGAAAAGCUGCAUCCCAUAGCGGGUUGUCAUCUCCGUCCCUGCACCAUGUGUCUAUGACGGUUGACAAGGAAUACAUAUACAUCUGAGGACAACAAUGCUUCUGGUUAAUAGUCAAACAAUAACAGAUAAAUAGAUGAUUAAUCCACAAAUAGAAUGAAAAUUGGCAUAAUAACAUAUUGAAGUAUUCUAGAAAUUGUAGUCAAUAAGCAUAGAUAUAUCAACAUGCUGAAGUACUACAUGUCCAUCAGAAAUAGCAGUAGCCCAUAGUGGCUACAACAAAACAUGGGCCGUCCCAUGAGUGCAAACUACAAUAGUAAAAGGAUGUUCCAACAUAUAUGUAGGGACAACAUCAGAAAACUCGGAGCU